UGUUUCGUUUCUUGACUUUGCCGUUUCCUCGUAAACACACAUGUCUCUAUUAUCCUAUACAGACCUUGGACCUCAUGGACGGCCGGUCAUAUAUAUGUCUCUGUCGCCUGCCCUCUUGCGUUUCUCUUCCCUUGCGAUUUGGGAAUAGCAUCGCUUCCUUGGGUCUCUAUGUGGUAUUACUCACCUCAUUAUUUUACUUCUGGUCAGUCUGCCAUCAUACCAUCCACCAUGAACAGAAUUUCCACAAUUCCCGUCACCUUAGACCCGUCCCUGUACAGACCUCAGGCUCCAGCACGAAACGCAUCGGACCUUGAUAAUCGCCAGUCGCGACUUAUCACCUUGGCUCCCACGGUUUAUGACCCCAAGACAUUCCAGGGGAGGAGGGCAAGGGGUUCAAGGCCCCCGCCUCGGUCAAAACCCCUACCGCCAAUUCCAAAAAGUCCAUGGCCAGUACCUCGAGAGCAGCGAGACGGCAGGAGCAAUGGGAAGCCAAUUAGGAUGUACGAGGCUCAGAGAGUUUUAGGGUCACCGGAAGAGCGGGCGUACUGGGAACCGCCGUCACGGCAGGGCACCUUUCAUACAAAGAUGCCUCGGCCAGAACAACAAGCCCACUCGAGACCCCCGUCUCGCAAGGGCACGUUUAACUCUCCUCCGGGGGUACCUCCCCGGCCAGGAACAUCGCAAUCAGACGAGCUUCGGUACAAGGCGAGCGCGCCGAUCGCGUCCUCGGCCUUGGCGUCUUCACAGUCAAGUACCGUGCAGUGCAAUCCCCCGCCAUCAACACCGCCAUCGCGACAGAGCACGCUGGUCGCCGAUGUUACCCCCUAUGCCGCCCCCGUCCGGGAAAACAGCUUUCGGACUCGGUACAUGAACAUGUUGCUCUCUCUAGACACAAUCCCACGCCUGCACAACAUCCUCGCCUCCUUCUUCGGGUGGAUCCUACUCGCGGGCUUCGUCGUCUUCCCGGGAACCUUCACCGGCUUACAGAAGCUCCAAGAUAGUGCUGUCAUUCAGCAGAAUGCGGCAGCGAGCGACAUCCUCGACAGGGUGCAGAGCCUGCCCCUGCUGGCCCUGGCGGCGCUCUGCUGCGGCAUUGGCUACCUAGGCAGUCUCUGGCUUUCUAUCCGAUGGAGGAACAACUACGUCUGGCUGCUGAACCGGCUGUACAUGCCGGGGAUCUUGAACGCUCUCGCCGGCUUGAUUAGCACGCUCACGAGUAUAUAUUCUCAGCAUGGUGGCACUUGGGGUGUGACGGCAAAGGUGGCAGUCUCGGUGGAGUCGGUCACCUUCGUGCUGUACUUGGUCUUGUUCCUCGUGUAUAAGACCCUGCUCCUGAACAAGGUCAAGGAGGAGCAUCUUGAACAGAUGAGGGGGAGGUCUGAAGACACAACCCUCAAGGCGAAGCUGGAGAAUAUAGCAAAACAGCCUCCUGUUGCCCCUGGAAGUGUAGUAUGACGGCCCACCAUGUUUUACUUUCUCUUUCUUUUAAUGUAUUUCUCCUCAUCUAACCUGGUUAUACCCUAAACAUGUUUUCGGUACUGGAAAA